CUGAACAUCUCUUUCCCAGCCACUGGCUGCCAGAAGCUCAUUGAAGUGGAUGAUGAGCGCAAGCUGAGAACGUUCUAUGAGAAACGGAUGGCGACGGAGGUUGCAGCCGAUUCUCUUGGUGAGGAGUGGAAGGGCUACGUUGUCCGUAUCAGCGGUGGCAAUGACAAGCAAGGGUUCCCCAUGAAGCAGGGCGUGCUGACGCACGGGCGUGUCCGCCUCCUGCUCAGCAAGGGCCACUCCUGCUACCGCCCCAGGAGGACCGGGGAGAGGAAGCGCAAGUCUGUCCGCGGCUGCAUCGUUGAUGCCAACCUGAGCGUGCUGAACUUGGUCAUCGUGAAAAAGGGUGAGAAGGAUAUUCCUGGGCUGACAGACACAACCGUGCCCCGUCGCCUUGGUCCCAAGAGGGCUAGCAGAAUCCGCAAGCUGUUCAACCUGUCCAAGGAGGAUGAUGUUCGCCAGUAUGUUGUGAGGAAACCUCUCACCAAAGAGGGCAAGAAGCCCAGAACUAAGGCUCCCAAGAUCCAACGACUGGUGACUCCUCGAGUUCUGCAGCACAAGCGCAGGCGCAUUGCUUUGAAGAAGCAGCGCACACAGAAGAACAAGGAGGAGGCAGCAGAGUAUGCGAAGCUGCUGGCCAAGAGGAUGAAGGAAGCCAAGGAGAAGAGACAGGAGCAGAUUGCAAAGAGACGCCGGCUUUCCUCACUGAGAGCAUCUACAUCUAAGUCCGAGUCAAGUCAGAAGUAGAUGUACACGAUACUAAAAAUAAACCCUUUUUGUGAUUAACUUU